GACAUGGGCAUCUAGUGCGGAGACGAGGGGCUGGUACUCUUGGUCCAGCCCGUGGAUGAUGUAGGAGAUGAGCUCGUCGUCCUGGAUGGGUUUUCCCGCCGCGGCGAGUUCAUCGGCGAGACCCCUCAUGGCGGCGAAGAAGUGGCCACCGAUUGAUUGCCCUCCUGCGCAUUAAUCAGCGCUGUGCGGAUGUUGUUGACGCGGCUGAGUGACUGCGACGAGAACAUACUCGCCAGCGCCACCCAGAGUUCGCGCGCCGUGGUGAUCGUGGUCACCGUGACGAGCACUUCCUUGGACAAGUGUUGGAGUAGAUAUCCAAGGACCUGCCGAUCCUCCUUCACCCAAAUCGGAUGGAGGGGAUUCGGCUCAGUGGUCUCCUUGCCGGCGGCGUCCUUGGUGGUGAGGUCUUUGGCCGGCUCGGCUGCCGUGCCGUCGACGUAAUGGAAGACGCCGGCGCCCCGCAGCUGCGGCGUGAUCUGUGUCCGCCACAACACAUAGUUGGUGCGGGUGAGCUUCUCCGGGGCUCCACCGCCGAACAUCGACUGGAAGGAGGCGGAGGAGGAAGACAUGGCUGCGCGCACGUGAUGGAGAUGGACUAGCUAGGGUUUCUGGUGGAAGAAGAAGGCUCUGUAUACCAUGUGCGACUUGCGGUAAACGUCUUGCCUAUCCUGGCCGACGUGUUUCAUGUUAUAUAGAUGGGUUGCAAGCCCGGAUAUGCGUACAAGUUGUUGUAGAGAUACAUCUUGGAGGAGAAGAAAUACAAAAGAUAAAAGAAGAUAAAGAUUACAUGAGUAUCUUGUCUAACUACUCCUCAUGUGGUUAGCCAGGGUCUCCUCUCCUUGUACGCAAGGUAUAUACGUGAAGAUUAUAUCACGUUUAACACUGUGGUCUUGGGUGUCAAUGGCAGUCGAAAAAUUGAUUGCUCUAAGGGUAAAACCGUUUUGAUCUGAUUCUCAUCUAGUCAACAAGAUUAUGCCAAAAAUUAAGGACAUCAGAUUCAUAUUGAUCGUGGAGAAAGCUGCCAUAAUGUCAAAGCUAGUAUCAAUAGAAUUUUACAAGACAUAUAGGUGCAUAAUUUUGAGUGGAAAGGGGCAUUCUGAUGUCGCGACAAGAGGUGUUGCACAUAAAUUAGCAAGACAGUUACGAGUACCAGUAUAUGGAAUUGCAGAUUGUAACCCAAUGGGAGCAAUAACAAUGUUGACCUAUAAAAAUGGAUCAAGGCGAAGAGGGUUUGAUAAUCUCAAUGUGACCGUGCCAACACUCCAAUGGAUCGGAAUGCAUUCGGUACACUGUUAUCGUAACAGGUCAGGACCAAGAACAAGGCGUCCGAGGGAUUCGCAACCACUCAAUCAAAGAGACAGAACUACACUUAAAAAUUUAAUAAGUGACUUAGAACGUGACAAGGAGCUGCUUGAUCGGCUAGAUGUGCAAGAAGUGAAACUUAUGUCCAAGAAUGGGUUUAGAAUGAAUUUUGAACAAAGGUUUCCGCUAGCGCGCAACACUGUAGACUUCUUGGCUGAGCACAUACCGGAAAUGGUCACCAUUGAGAAACCUGGUGUCCCCAAAAGAAAGACUGCAGUUGAGAAAUCAGAUGGAGAUGACGCUCAAGCGGGCAAGAAGACAAGGAAGGUCACCAAAGGAAAAUCUGAUGGAGAUGACACUCAAGCGGGCAAGAAGACAAGGAAGGUGACCAAAGGAAAAUCUGAUGGAGAUGACACUCAAGUGGUCAAGAGGACAAAGGAAUCUGAUGUAGAUUACACUCAAGUGGGCAAGAAGUCUGAUGAUGGAAAUGACGCUCAAGCGGGCAAGAAGGUCACCAAAGGAAAUUCUGAUGGAGAUGACACUCAAGUGAGAAAGAGGACAAAGAAGGCCACCAAAGUGCAGCUCCGGGGCAAAGAGGCCAAAUAGGAACAGAUGCAGGACUUUCUUUUUGUGAUGAUAGCUGAAAGAUUAUUGUGGUGCUCUUGGUGAUGAUGCCUGGAGGACGUUUUGUUGAAGGUUCUUUUGGUGAUAUCUGCAGGAGUUCAAUUCAUAGAAACAUCUGCAGGUAUACUUGGUUUGUUGGGUUCCAAGCAAUAUCAUUUACUCUAGAAAAGGGGAGAAGUGGUACACUCAGUUGCUAUAUUUCGGUCAUUUUUGUUGAACUCUGUUGGUGAACUCAAAUGAAGGCACUUUGAAUUUUAUUUUGGACAUUAUCUCAUUGCAACUACGAAUUUAUGCUUUCUUAAGCCAUCUGAUAAUUGGGAUUGGUGAACUCUUAUCUAUGUAAUACGACCUAUUCACUUUGAACUAUUAUGCACUUUGGAGCUUAAUUUACAUAU